AUGGCCUUCGCCACUCGUUUGGACGGUUUCGAGCAAUCCAUCCACGCAAGAGCCCGCCGUGGCCGCGGUUCUCAAUAUCAGGGAGCAGAUUCCAAUUGUCCCUUUGUGGUCAAUCCGUUUGCCGUAUUGCAAGUAAACGAACUCCUGGGCAAUAGACCUGCUUCCCCGACCCCGUCAGCUUUUGAAACCCCGAGUCCGAGCCCGUCGAGGGUACCCCCGGGUUUUGUGGGUUUACACCCCCGUUUCCAACUGGCGCCAACCCCUGGAGGGGCAGCCCCCGCUUCGCCUGCCUACCAGCGCCUUGAAGCCGGCUGGGCGCCGAGUGGUACCUCUCCUGUGUACCGCCCUGCUGAACAGGGCUCUCCAAUGAUGACCAGCAGUCGGAUGGUCAUCCAUGGCGACUGGCCCCUUCCCGCUGCCCCCCGUCCGUCCAAUAUUACAUCCCCUUCCUUGAGUCCUCAAGGCCCGGGAGUUGAUUCUUCCGCGUGCAAGUCGGAUACCGGUGGCUUGGCAUACCCUCCUGGGUUGGGCCCUCAAGAUGAUGGUGCUUCCGCUCCCGCCAAUAACGAUCCGCCGUUUGUUUGGGGUACUGGGGUCCCUCCUCCUGAUCCGGUCCGAACCGACCAACUUGCUCCUGUACCGAUUGCGGACUACCCGUCCCUAUCUGAUGCCGAUAUCCAAGUUCUUCUUUGUCCGACCGAGUACCGGGGUGUGGCUAUCCCCAAUGUGCACUCCGACAAGGUAACCUAUCUCUAUGAGAAUUUUAUCACCAGUUUUGUCUUCUACUGCCGCGGAAACCGCUUGGUCAAUGAGCUCUUGAUGCCUACCAGCGUCGCCUUAUUCAAACACUACGUCGAGGUUUUCCAGAUUGUGGCCACCCAGUCUUUUUGA